CUUCACUUCAUACGACUUCUUUCACGACCGCGCGUUUUCUCUCCACAAUAGAACAGCCCGAUCAGCUCCUCUGAUAAACCCAACAUGGCCGGUAAAGAGACAAAACCAAUUUCCAAGCAUCUCCAGCAGACCUACGAGCAGAUGUUUGAGAACAACCGCGCCUGGGCUGCUACACAGGGCGAGAAGGAUCCAGAGUUCUUCAAUAGGCUUGUCGAGGGCCAGAGCCCUGAAUAUCUCUUCAUCGGAUGCAGCGACUCCCGCAUUCCCGCCGAACAGGUCACAGGCCUACAGCCCGGGGAGGCCUUUGUGCACCGAAACAUCGCAAACAUGGUCUGCAACCUUGACCUUAGCGCCAUGAGUGUUAUCAAUUAUGCCGUCCGCCAUCUCCACGUUAAGCGCAUUAUUGUCUGCGGUCAUUAUGGCUGUGGUGGUGUCCAGGCUGCCAUGAAACCCCAGGACCUAGGCCUGCUCAACCCCUGGCUUCGGAAUAUCCGUGAUGUCUACCGUCUCCAUCAGGAUGAGCUGGAUGCCAUAUCCGACAAUAAAGCGCGCUACGACCGGCUCGUUGAGCUUAAUGUUAUCGAGCAGUGUCAGAAUAUCAUCAAGACGGCGGCUGUCCAGCAGUCGUAUGCGACCAAUGGAUUCCCAGUUGUGUCUGGAUGGGUGUUUGGGUUCCACGACGGUCUGAUCAAGGAUCUGCAUAUUGAUUUCGAGGCGACACUGAAGGAUGUCCAGAAGAUUUAUGAUCUUACAUCCUAGGGGCGAGUCAGCCUGGCCCAAGAGAAUUGAUGAUUUGCAAUUUGAGCCCUUCUAGAAAAUCUGGACAUGGUUUGUGGCAAGGAUACUAGUAUAUAUAUAUAUAUAGCUAAAGUUAUGUAUUGUUAUAUCCAAAAACUGCUGCUGAGAUAAAAGAAAGGCAUUAUACUGUUAUAGUGUGCGCAUCAUGUCCCACGGGUUGGGGGGUCGCUAGAACAAUUUUAAUAUAGUUCAACAGACCUAGAUUGACAAAUAAACACCUGUUGUCGAGUUAAAUGAU